UCUGUCAAUUCACUCGCACAAGCCUGAGUGCUGAGUCGUACCUGAAUCAACCGAGGGCGAGGGAGGGGGAAGAAGCAAUGGAGGCGCUGCUGGAGCUGGAGAAGGUGCAGAGGGUGCUUUCCUUCAUGGGCUCCCGUGGCCUCUCGGACUCCGCCGGCGGAGGCGACGGGGACCGCUUCCUCGCCCACUUCCUCCUCUUCCUGGUGCAACCAUUUGAUUCACUUAGCAUGGAGAAGAAGGUUGCAAUGGUCUCUGAGCUGUUGAAAGAGGUUAACUCUGAUACUCUUAAAGAAGUGCAGCAUCUAACCAGUCUGGAAGGUAUUGAUAGUGAAGACGAAGUAAGGAUAAUCACUCCUUUACCUUCUGACCAAGAUAUAUCUUCUGGAGAUUUACUGCGGCAAACUAAGAAUUUCAAGACGCAUACUGAGAAAUUAACCAUUCAGGACGUGCCUAUGAUUGGAUUUGAUGCAAUGAUGAGAGCCAAUUCCACACUUGAAGAUUUCUGCAGAUCUUACUUUAUAUUUCAUGGUUUGGACGUUAACAAGCCACAGGCUGUUUUCAAGUUUCUUCCCUUUCUUUCUUUCACAGAGAGCUACAUAUACCAGUUAGAUGCUUCAAAUGAAGACAGUUUGCAUUUCGUGCCAGGCGAGAAUUCUUCAACAGUAUUAGAAAUGAAAAAGGAAGUUUCCAGUGAAAUAUCCUUAUCUGACAAGCUUGAUUCCCUUGAUAACCUUCUUCAGUGCCAGGGGUUAAUGACAGAUCAAUUGCGAAAUGAACUCAAAUCUGGUAUCCAGUAUUGGUCUCUUGAGAGGAAACUUUGUCAAGCAUUAUUGAGAAAUGAUAAGAUAUCAAUUGAAGAUGUGAUGAAAGCAAUCCAUCUCAAAUCAUUUGAUUAUCGGGUUCUUAAUCUCAUGAUGUAUCGGCUUACUGGCCAGCAGGUCAAUGAAUUGCAUAUGGAGUUCUUGUCUGUCUCAGAAUUUUUAGUUGAGAUAUCUGAUGACCUGUACGAUUAUGAGGAUGAUGUGAUUAACAAUACUUUCAACAUCCUCCGCAUGUUUGCUGCGAUAUAUGGAUCUUUGGAUGCACCAAAGAUGUUGGCCAAGUGCAUAGGUGAAGCUGAGGAAAAAUAUGAGAGCUUCUCGAAGAAAUUGGAUCCUAGCAUCUCACGAAGUUACUGGAGACGAUGCGAGGAAGCUACAAAGGAAGGUGGAAAAAUAUCAGGCCAUGCAUAUGGCACAUGGAAUAUCCCUCCUUUGAUAAGAGAUGAAGAAUCAUUCCGUCUUGAUAGAUUAAACAAAGAUGAUUCUAUUGCUAUGACAGUCAGUUGACAGAUAUCGUGUUCCAAGCAUUUUUUGAAUAGAAGGCGCAAUGAUCAUUGCUAGCCAUUGCUGAGAACAGCAGUAUUUGUUUCGGUGUGAGGUACUACCUCUUUGUUUCAUCAAUGCCAAGGAAUGGACUGAAAAGCAAUUGAUAAGAUCAUUCCAGGCAAGAUUUGCCUGGUAAUUUAAGUUGGCACAGUUGAAUCCUGAUAAUUACCAAAGCGAGUACUUCUUUUGACCUUUAAUGUUAAGGAAUGGACUGAAAAGUGAAAAGCAAUCGAUAAGAACAUGCCAGCAAGAUUUGCCUGGUAACUUAAGUUGGCACAGUGUGAGGCUUAUGUGAUGUGUUAGUAUCACGGAUGUGUUGAUGCAAUUGUCUAAGUAUAUUUGGUGCAGAUCGGGUACAGGAAGCUCACAUGGAACAAAGUUGACCAAUCAGAUCGGCAUGACGGCCUGGACCAUUCAGCUUGCUUCUUGGUUGGUGAUUAAUAAAAGGUACAUCAAUCCCAGAAGAGAUGGCUAGAUCUGCUCACCUCAUUUGACCUGGAUGGGCCUUGCCAAGAUAUCGACAAGGGACCCUGCAGUAAUUUGGUUCGCUCAAAAAAAAUGCAGUAAUUUGGUAUAACAUGCCUCUAUGCUACUAGUAUUUUGCUAUCGAUCUCUGCUUCGCCGAUCAUCAUCAGGUAUCAUCUUCUGAGUCUCCGUUUAUCCCACUUGUUGAUGGUGUAUAUGUUUUCCGUUUGUCUGAUUGGAAUCUCGAUGCAAAACUAGCUGGGCAUGUAUCUGCCCAAUGCAAACCUCGAAGGCAGGGGCUUGAUUUUCUGGCAAUGGCACCACAUAUUUUUCAUUUA